GCUUCCAAAAAUGGUAUUUCCAAAUAUAGAACACGUUUUCCUGCAUUGUUCCCUGCAGCAUCUCCAUCCUGUCAGUUGGUUAGGACCACUGUGCAGCCACUGCACUGCAGUGCAGUGUGCUCCAGUCAGCCCCAGUGUGCCCACUCCAAAUUGCUCCGAGUGGCUGCAGCGUAUCAAGCAUGGCGCUGCACCGAGCGUUUACACAGUCGGAUUUUCUACCUUUUUGACACAUUUCCAACAUGUACUCACUUUAAGAAUUCCAUUUGAUGUUAGAUCGAUUGCGAGCCUUCGUUUUUAUACACAGUUUCGUAUUGGAAAGGAACAUCUUUCAUUUAAGUAGUCCUGGCCUUCUUGGAAAAUGCUUCCUCUUUCGCACAAAGACUCAAAAAAUCUGGGUAGCAGGAUAAAGGAGAAGCUACUGGGAUGGAAACGCUUAAUAUUUUCGGACAAAAAUACCAGGAAUUUAUUUUUGUUUCUACUGCUCAAUUUGUCCUUUGCCUUUGUUGAAUUAUUGUAUGGAGUAUGGACAAACAGUUUGGGCUUGAUAUCAGAUAGUUUUCACAUGUUCUUUGAUUGCACUGGCCUAUUAUUUGGUCUGGCUGCAUCUGUUAUUACAAAAUGGAAAGCAAAUGAACGGUACUCCUAUGGAUAUGUUAGAGCAGAAGUUUUGGGAGGAUUUGUUAAUGCACUCCUCUUGUUCUUCAUUGCUCUCUUCAUUCUGUCAGAGGCUGUUGAAAGGUCCAUUGAGCCACCAGAGAUCAAACAUGAGAGGCUUCUUGUUGUAUCUGUUCUGGGAUUGUUAGUAAAUUUAGUAGGAAUAUAUGUGUUCCAUCAUGGACAUGGACACGGCCAUGGAAUGGGGCAUGGUCAUUCUCAUUCUCAUAGUGGCCAUGGACAUUCUCACACAAACCAUAAUCAUAGCCACGAUCAUCAUGAUAUUGAAAUUGAUCCCUCAUUCAGUGGCACAAAUUCUCAGAUCAUGAAAGGAGUGUUCCUGCAUAUUUUAGCAGAUACGUUGGGAUCUGUGGGUGUUAUUAUAUCAGCAAUACUGAUGCGCCUGUUUGGAUGGUUCAUAGCUGAUCCAAUUUGUUCCAUGCUGAUUGCAGUAUUGAUAGUUUUAAGUGUACUUUCAUUAAUGAAAGACUCGUGGGAAAUACUAAUGCAAAGACAACCAGCAGCAUUAGAUCAUGUUCUGCUACAGUGUUAUAACAAAGUGACUCAAUUGGCUGGUGUAUACAGUGUACAAGAACCGCAUUUUUGGACCUUGUGUUCGGAUGUAUAUGUUGGCUGCUUGAAGUUAGAAGUAGCUAGAACAGUAGACCCCAAGUAUGUUGUGGCACACACACAAAUGAUAUUCCAAGCAGUUGGAGUAAGGCAUUUAACUGUACAGCUGGAUUAUGCACCUAUGUGAUCUAUGAAAGACAUUAAUGUCGUAAAGUGUUCUUCUAAGUGCUCCAAGACUGUAUCUGCUUGCGGGGUCUGUCAGA